CUUCGUCUGCGUCGGUCUCCACUGGAUUUUUUCGCUUUAUGUUUUGACGUCAAAACGAUUUUCUCUCUUUCUUUCACAUUUGAAUUCUAUCGACUUCACUCGUCGGCUUUUCAACAGAUAUUCCGGCGCCGUCCGGUAGUUUAUCGGCGGAAACCGUACGUCGGAGCGGAGUUUGCUGGUGUGAUUUUGGAGAGGAAAGUAUUGAGUUGAAACGAGUGAGAGGCGAACUGGAAUUCGUGUGGUUUUGGUUUCUAGGGCAACGGAAAUGUCUGGCUUUGAUUUUAACGAUCUUUUAAAAGAAGCUCAAAUCCGUUGGCUAAAGCCUGCUGAAGUGCUCUUUAUUUUACAGAAUUAUGAGAAGCAUCAGCUUACUCAAGAGCCUCCUCAGAAACCAACUAGUGGUUCUCUGUUUCUUUUUAAUAAGAGAGUCCUUCGUUUUUUCCGUAAAGAUGGUCAUAGUUGGCGUAAGAAGAAGGAUGGGAGGACUGUUGGGGAAGCACAUGAGCGUCUCAAGGUUGGAACUGUUGAAACUAUAAAUUGUUAUUAUGCACAUGGAGAACAGAAUCCCAGUUUUCAAAGGCGUAGCUAUUGGAUGCUGGAUCCGGCAUAUGAGCACAUUGUUCUAGUUCAUUAUAGAGAGAUAAGUGAGGGAAGGCACAGUCCUGGAUCCAAUUCACUGUUGUCAUCAGGAUCCACUCAAACUCAGAGUCCCAGCUCUUAUAAUUCUCAAAUUCCAGGCUCUACGUCUGCAGUUAGUGAAUUAUAUGAUUCACCCCAAAAUGUUUGCAGUCCAGGGUCUGUAGAAGUUAGUUCUGAGGUAGUAAUGAAGAGUAAUGUCAGAGAACACUUGGACCGGAUAAAUGGCAUAGGAGAUUUUGGUAAUUCAUCUGAGCUUGAGGUUAGUCAAGCAUUGCGAAGGCUUGAGGAGCAGUUAAGUUUGAAUGAUGACAGCUUGGAAGCAAUUGAUGCAUUUCAGAGUCAGAAUGAGAAUAUGAAUGGCUUGGAAACUCUAGAAUAUGAAAGGAAGAUGUCUAAACAGGAUCAGCAUGCAGUUUUACUUAGUGGACCAGAAUAUACUGUACAUGAUCAACAUUACACUGGAUAUGCUGGUUGUAGUACAGAUGAUCUUAUGCUGCCACAAGAUGCAGGUGACAACAGGGAACAUUAUCAUCAUCAAUCUACAGUUGAAGGGAGAGACACCUUAUCAUGGGAAGAGAUAAUGGAGUUCUGCAAGAGUUCAUCCGGUGUGGACUCAAAAGAGAAACACAAAUCUUAUGGAAAUGAAAGACCACUUUCUUCUUCAGGGAGGGGAGCAGCUGAGAAGCAGCAAAACUCUCAUUGGCUAAAUGUUGAUGGGACUAAUUCUGAAAGUUCUUCUAUAUUGUUACCUUCAGAAGUUGAAAAUUUGAACUUUCCUGAAUAUAAGACAAAUACUCAUGCUGUCAACUCAGACUACUACAGAAUGUUGUUUGACGAAGGUCAGAUUGAAGUGCCUCUAGAAUCAGGUCCAAGUUUGACUCUUGCACAAAAACAGCGAUUUACGAUCUGUGAAAUAUCACCAGAAUGGGGUUUUUCCAGUGAGACUACAAAGGUAAUCAUUGCAGGGUCUUUUCUCUGUCAUCCAUCAGAGUGUGCAUGGACUUGUAUGUUUGGUGACAUUGAAGUUCCUGUUCAGAUCAUUCAGGAAGGUGUCAUCUGUUGCCAGGCUCCUCCUCACCCUCCUGGAAAGGUCACUCUCUGCAUUACUUCUGGAAAUCGAGAGUCCUGCAGUGAGGUUAGAGAGUUUGAGUACCAUGCUAAGACAAGUAGUUGUACUCACUGUAAUUUAUCCCAAACAGAAGCAACUAAGAGUCCAGAAGAACUGUUGUUACUUGCCAGAUUUGUGCAGAUGCUUCUGUUUGAUCCAUUGAUGCACAGAAGAGAUGGUAUUGAAUCUGGAAUUGAUCUAUUGAUAAAAUCAAAAGCUGAUGAAGAUUCAUGGGAUUGUAUUAUAGAGGCACUUUUAUUUGGCAGUGGGACUUCAUCUAGUACUGUGGAUUGGCUUCUGCAAGAGCUUCUGAAAGACAAGUUGCAUCAGUGGCUUUCUUCCCGAUCCCGGGAAGGAUGCGAGUCAUUUGGAUGUUCCUUGUCCAAAAAAGAGCAAGGGAUGAUACACAUGAUUGCUGGGUUAGGCUUUGAGUGGGCCUUAAACCCAAUUCUUAACACUGGAGUCAGCAUAAAUUUCCGUGACAUUAAUGGGUGGACUGCCCUUCAUUGGGCAGCACGUUUUGGAAGGGAAAAAAUGGUUGCUGCACUUAUAGCUUCCGGUGCAUCAGCUGGGGCAGUGACAGAUCCCAGUCCACAAGAUCCCACUGGUAAAACUGCAGCAUCCAUUGCUUCCACAAGCGGGCAUAAGGGACUUGCUGGUUAUCUUUCUGAGGUGGCAGUAACUAGUCAUCUGUCAUCCCUCACUCUGGAAGAAAGUGAGCUUUCAAAAGGGUCUGCUGAGGUGGAAGCAGAAAUUACUGUAAAUAAUAUCUCAAAAGGGGGCCUUGCUGCUAGUGAGGAUCAGAUUCCGCUUAAAGAUGCCUUGGCUGCAGUUCGGAAUACAACUCAGGCAGCUGCACGCAUACAAGCUGCUUUCCGCGCACAUUCUUUCAGGCAGAAGCAGCAGAGAGAAGCUGAUGCUCCUUAUGUAGAUGAGUAUGGUAUCAGUUCAGAUGACAUUCAGGAACUUUCAGCAAUGUCAAAGCUGGCCUUUCGCAAUUCAGCUGCUUUAUCUAUCCAGAAAAAAUAUCGAGGUUGGAAAGGUCGUAAGGAUUUCCUAACACUACGUCAGAAAGUUGUAAAGAUACAGGCUCAUGUGAGAGGAUAUCACGUUAGGAAGAAUUACAAGGUGAUCUGUUGGGCUGUUGGCAUUCUAGACAAGGUUAUACUGCGGUGGCGCCGAAGAGGAGCUGGUUUGCGAGGUUUUCGGCCUGAAUCAGAGCCCAUUGAUGAAAAUGAGGAUGAAGACAUUCGUAAGGCGUUCCGCAGGCAGAAAGUGGAUGGAGCCAUUAAUGAGGCUGUAUCAAGGGUGCUGUCCAUGGUGGAGUCUCCCGAAGCACGUGAACAAUAUCACCGCGUGCUUGAAAGAUUCCAUCAAGCUAAGCAAUCACAUUUCAGACAUGAUUCAGCAUUUGAGGCGGAUUAGCAUAUAGAUCAUUCAUGGCAAAGUUGUCUUGAUUACAACUGUAGGUGACCCUAUUUUGCAUCUACUAGAUAACUUAUAUGACACUAGCAUUAGUGUCCCUUUAUUCUUUCCUUUUUCCUCUGGUCCAAAGGCAACCAUGAACUCUACCUCCAACCCCAGUGAAGAUAGAAUUCAAUCGCAAGUCUCUAGGGGAGAUGUCUACAGCCACUCCCCUGAGACUUUCAAUGUUAGGCUAGUGAUCAUCUUCUUGAUCCCUGUGUUCUGGCCCCUCUAAUCUUGACACUUUUUUCCUCCACGCAUGAGUUUUCAUUUGGUGUUGGAAGGUUGAAGCCCUCAUACCUCUACAUCAAAUGAAUCAAUAAUAAUUUGUAGUAUCUCAAAAACGAAGUCGAGGACUAAGCACAUGAUCCCUCUAAUAAAGUAUGAUUCUGUGCAAGUCAUGUGAUUUUAAUGACUUGAUGAAGACUAGUUCUGUUGUCAUGAAGGUAUACGGACUUCAUGAAUGUUCUUCUUACUUGUAGAAAGUCUCUUCUAUAGGUCAGGACUACGGUUCAAGUUUUAUUUGUUAGGUGCUCACUACACAUCGCUUGAGUAAAAAGACUAGAGCUGUUUGAUCUCCUCCUAAUUAAAAUAUCAGAGCAGACUUAAAGUUCUGCUCUGUGUAAGGAGUUUUAACCAUCUAUUUUAGAUAUUCUUCUGUCAGAACUUUCAGAAAUUAAAUACUAAAUUCAUUUAAUAAAAUAUCAUCUUUGUACACUUGAACCCAUUGCAUGGCAGCUCAUCUUUUCUUUGCACCAACAUUGCAUGCUUUUAUCUGUCCAGUAGAAAUAAAAAACCUAAUGAAUGUGUUACAUUAAAAGUCUAGUGCAUGCUCUUAUUGUUAUUUGGAAAACCCGACAAACCGAAAUUGCUUCAAUUCAUCAGGCAGUAAGAAAGAUAAUAUGACUUGAUCCUAAUGACUUUUCAUAGUAGUUAUUGCCAGAAGACGACUUAUUAUCUUGUUACAGUAACGGGGAUCAAUCCCUACUAAAAGUAUUGACAUUAUGGGGCUCUUGAGUCCCCUCUGAUUUAUUUGAUUAGUUUUUGCAGUCUGAGCUUGGCAUUGGUGGCACAGGGAGUGAAACAUCAUCUAUUGGCGAUGUUCUAAAGACAUCAAAGUCUAUUGGCGAUGUUUUUGAUAUGGACGAGGAUGAUAUAUUCCAGUUCCCCUAGAAGCGAUUUCUAAUAUUUUCUAACCUUGCACUCUUUUCUGGUCCAGUUUUUAACUACACCUACCAGGUGGUUUUAGGGUUGGUCUCUGUACAUAAUGGGUUGGAUCUUACAGUAUUUAUGAUUUUACUUGAUGAUCAUACCUAGUCAUAUAUGUGCCUCCCAUCUAUCUAUCUUGUAAAUUGCUUCUUGUAAUUGAUGUAAAUGGUCUUUGAUGGGUUGUUUGAGCUAAAUUAGUGUCUGUACAUUUGUUUCA